UACGAACAAGAAUCGAGUUAAUCCAUUCAUAGGUCGCCUGUCGUUCAACGGCGAGUCUAGAAAGUGUUAAGUGUCCAAGAUCUGCAGUUUAUUUAACUUUAGUUACCAAGGAUAAAGGCAGUCACCAUGAGAUCGUUUGUGGUUGCUGUCCUUUCUUUUGCUGCUUGUGUAAAUGGCGGUAUUUUAGUCCAAAAUGCCCCUUCCUGUCCAGAGCAGCACGGAGUUCAAGCUUACGCUCAUCCGGAAUCCUGUAAUCUUUUUUUCCUGUGCACCAAUGGUACUCUCACCGUAGAAACUUGCGAAAACGGUUUGCUGUUCGACGGUAAAGGAAAUGUUCACAAUCAUUGUAAUUACAACUGGGCCGUAGAUUGUGGACACAGAAAAGCUGAUCUGACUCCAAUCAGCAGCCCAGGAUGUGAAUACCAAUUCGGAAUCUACCCUGACGGUACAGAAUGCUCUGUACACUUCCUCAAAUGUGAAUAUGGUCAACCAAUUCCCAACCAGUGCGAACCAGGAUUGGUUUAUGAUGAACGAAUCCAUGGCUGCAACUGGCCAGAUUUACUUCUCGAAAAAUGUAACCCGGAAGCUGUUGUAGGUUUCAAAUGUCCAACGAAAGUGCCAAACGGUAGCCCCGCUGCCAGAUUCUGGCCGUACCCACGAUUCGCCGUACCUGGAGAUUGUCACCGCCUCAUCACUUGUGUUAAUGGAUAUCCUCGACUCAUCAAUUGCGGUGAAGGAAAAGUACUGGAUGAGGCAACACUGACUUGUGAAGACCCAGAAUUGGUUCCCCACUGUGCCAAUAGAAUCAGAAAAUAAAAAAGUCAUUUUAUAGUCGAGUCUGAUAAGAAUGUACAAUGAAACAGUAUGGUUUUUCAAAAUUGUUUAAACUUUUUUUUUAAUUUUCUAACAAUGAUGAUGUGACGUUUACCUACUUGUAUUCAGCAUAAAUAUACUAAUUCAGUAAUAUUUAUA